CAUGAGGUGAAUCAGUGUGGUGGACUCUUUGUCCUCCUCACACAUUUUCCCAGCAACCGCAGAGUGGAGAAACAAGUGUUUGGACGUACUGCUAGGAAAGGAAACCCUGGUAUGGUGCAGAUGAUACUCCACCUUGACCAUCUGGAACCAGCAUACCAAGGCCAACCAGUGGAGAUCAUGAGGCAGCUAAGAGAAGAAUAUGAAGUCCAUCGCAUUUCUGAGAUGGAAUCUAAUGAGCUGCUGGUAAAUGAAAUGAAGGAAAAACUGUUUGCCACAUUUUGCAAAUUUCUUAAAGAAUUUGACAAAAAUUAUACAGAGCAAGAGAGAGAUAACUUGUUAAAAAUGAAGGCACAUAAUGUGGAAGAUACUAUCAGAUGUCAAGGUAAGAAACUUGAUUACAAGCCUGCUCUUGAUGCUCUCAAAGAAGCCUGGGCAUUGUGGCUCACGCUUUCUGAGCAUAAUAUUGAACAACACAAGAAUUUCUCUGACCUGGAAGCUGACUUGUUUGGACAGUUGACCAGUACUUGCAAGAUGAUUUUACUGGGUCAAAGCCAUAAAUUCUAUGACUAUCUCAAACAAGCUGUGAUUAGAACUGACCUGCAUUGUCGCACUAAAACAAAGUGUGACUAUGGAGCAAAAGACUGCUGGCAGAAGGUUGCAGAAUGCGAUCCAUUCUAUAGAGCUGUGGCGCUCUACAACCAAGCCUACAUCACAAUAAACUUGGCAAAGAAAGACUAUAAAGCAGAGGCUAUGAAAUUACUUGAGGAGUCAAAGGAGACUGUGGAUGUCUACAUUUCAGAGACAUCAAAUACCGCAGUUGCUGGUCAGAUGGCAAUGAGAGGACACUUUGAGCCGCAUCAUGAUGGUGCUUGCAAUUUUCAAAGCCAGAUGCAAGCUCGGAUGGAUAUUUUCAAAGCUUGGAGAGAGUACAUAGCCAAUGCUCUGGACAAACUUAAAGAAGUUGAGAGAAAUAACUCUGAUGCCAUCACUGAAGAAUCCUCAGUAUAUUCACUCUCAGAUGAGAAGGACUUUGCCACCACAAAUGAGCUCAUGAGCAUGUAUGAGUAUGGUCUUGGAAUUGUGUUUGAAGUAAAACAGAAACCAAAAUUUAAUCUGAGUGCUUUGUUUUGUUUUCUACUUGGUGUAGCCCAGGUUCUAGGUGGUAUUCUUGUUUGUGCAUUAUCCUUUGGCUCUGCCUCUCAGGUUGGUCUUGGAUUGAUUACUGAGGGUGUCUCUGACAUGAUUAGUGGGUUUAUGGGUAUGAAAACUGGAGUUUUCAGUUGGGCAUCCUGGGCCAUCUCCAAAAGCAUCAGCAUUGGAAUAUCAUUGCUCACUGCUGGAUUUGGAGCAAUCAAGUCAACUGUCAAGUCUGUAUACAAUGCCACAAAAGGCUUACUAAAUGGAACAAAGACCCUCUCCUCUGUUGCUAAAAGUGUCAUCCAAUCAGGGAAAACCACAUUUAUAUCAAUUAAAGCCACUGCCAUGUCAGCAGUCUCUUCAGUGUCUCGAAACACAGCGAGGAUGGGUACAGAUAUUGUGGUGAAACAGACUUUAAAACAUGCUUGCAAAUAUGCUGGGCAAGAGGUUGUUAAACAGACAACAGUCUAUGCAUUGAACUAUGCACUUGAUGCAGGACUUACUGCUGCCUUGAAGAAACUUGUGGAUUCUGUUUUUAGAAAAUCCUUUGAAGAUGAAAUAAAAAGAAAUAUUGAUUUAAAUCACACACUUACAUGCUUUAUAUGCCUUGGUGUUCCAAAGUCAGCUCUGCUGAAACAAAAUAUGGACUUCAAGAUUGACAAAAGCAAUGAGAAAGAAAUUCAUACAAUAACAAAUUCAAUGGUCAAUGGUGUUAUUCCUAGUCUCAUGACAGACUGCACCACUGUACAUGAGGUUAUUGACAAACUCGCUGAGGUGAGUGGAAAAGCUUCAGAACUCUUGGACAAAGCAAGAGUACCUGGCAAGGUCCAAGCAAUCAUCAGUGGAAGUCUUGUGAUAGCAAAGUACAGCACAGUCCUAAUGCAAAUCUUGGACUCUAUCCCAACAAAUAAGGUUGCCAAUGAAAUAUUUGUCCCCAAAUUGAUCGAAGAAUUUAAGCAGCAUGUUGAGAACUAUGACUAUGACAACAGACAUAAUCUCCCUGAUGUGAUACGCCUGAAGGAUGAGCUUUUGGAAACAAUCUCAGGCAUGGUGUACCAGGCAUUCAGUGAGGCAUGUACCACACAUACAACAACACUUAUGAAAGGGAUUUUCCGGAAGAAGAUUAGUAAGGCAACAGAGGCAAUUGGAAAUACCUCAAGCAAUAUAUUUGGCAGAUACAAAACCAAAGAUUUUUUCCAGGAGCAGCAUCAGAGAUAUAAUAUGAAAUCCACAGGAAAGAUUGUAACAGAGAAUUUGUCUGAAGCCGAAACACAAACUCUUCAGGAUUAUAUAAGUAGCAUUUCCAGCACAGACCGUCCAGCUUCUGAAUUGGACCUCUAUGUCCUCACAAAAAGUGGCCUGCUUCAGGGCAAAGGUAUAAAGGUCAUAAUGUCCAACAAAGAUGGACAACCAAUCCAUGAGAAUACCUACCCUGGCAAUAACCCGUCAGAAGGAUACAUCACUCUCAAACUGACCAGAAAGCCAAAGAAUGCUAAAAAUGAGGGGGGCUUUUUCAAAAGAAUGACAGACAGAGCCCGAGGAGUCCAAAGUCCCCUUGUUGGCCAUUACACAAUUAUCCACCCAGAUGGCUACGCGAUUCCAGUGUUUUCUGAUGGUCAGAACUGUCUGUACCAUGCUGUCAUCCAGGCAACGACUACUGGUCGAGAACAAGACAUCCGACAACAAUCAGAACUUCUGCGCAAUGCAGUACAAAGAGAGCUUAACCAGAACCUGUCAGGAUAUGCUGGGUUAGUGAGACUCCAGAAACACUAUGACGAAUGGCAGAAAACUCCUGGACAAUACUCUGUCAUUGGAGGAGGACCAAAAAGAAGGAAAACAAUAACAACAGGAUGCGGAAAUGAGAUGAUUGAUGAGGAGUAUAAGCGUGUGAUCUCACCAAUGAAAACACAUGAGUAUUCUCCUGGGACAUCAGAAUAUCAGAUUGCUGAGGUCCUUCACCUUGGAUAUGUUGGAACAUAUGAAGACCUACGCAAUACAAUCAAAUGUGAACAGGGAACUGUGGAGAAGGAUCAUUUCAUUCCAACGGACACGAUUGCUCGAGCUCGAAGAAAAAUAGGUGAUUUAAAGAAACUGAAAAAUGCAAAGCAAGCAGAGCAUUCUAAUCUGUAUACUCUGGUGACAAAAAAGGACAAAAAUGGACACCUGGCCAUGCAGGUUCUUUAUCAGGACCAUCGCGUUGCCUUGACCACUGGACCAAGCAAGUGUGCCUCAGAAUGCAGGGCACUGUUGGCUGAUACACUACUGAGUGGGGAUGGUGAGGCCUUGCUGAAACAAGCCAUGAUCAUGGCCAACCCCAUAUCUUCCCAGAACCUCAGAAAAUAGUCUUAAUAGUGUAAUAGCCACAUACAUGUAUACAAGUUUGUGCACCUGCAGGAAACUAUCAAACUCUUUCAGAUGCAGGAAGAAACCUUUACUACAAAGCCGGUUACAUGAAGAUAAUUACUGAGCAUAAGAAGAUGGGCACCAUUGACCAAAAUGCUCAGGACAGACUGAUGACAUGGGCAAAAGAAGAUCAGCACCUGAACAAUAAUACACCCGAAUACAAGCAGAUACUUGAACGUAUCACACCUUCGGGCAGGAAUGAGAGCCAUGCAAUUGCAGGUCAUGGGAAUAACAAGGCCUGAAGAAUAGGAAGGGGCCCUCAAAAUCUAGAUUUAACAGGUAUUAUUUUUGGGGCGGGGCCACCCCGACUCAGAGAUGUAAUACGCAAUGUGCUAAAAAGAUGCCUACACUUUGGUUUGACCCUGAAAUUGAAUGGAAACAGGUCAUUUUUCUACAAGCCGACUCUGUGAGCAACAUAUUUUUGGCUUGAUGUCAGUGGGUCCUUAUGGUCCGCCCCAUAAUGCAGUGCAACAAUAUUCCGGGCUCAGUCAAGAAUAAUGCAGAAAACAUGUUUGCUAAAACGCAUAGAGCAGUGCGACAACACAUUAAGUGACCAUAUUUUACUCUGUGGCCACAACGCAAGAUAUUAACUAUGAUCACACUAAUAGAGAAGAGUUCUCAUUAUAUACUCAUUGUAUAAUCACACUAAUAGAGAAGAGUUCUCAUUGUAUACUCAUUGUAUGAUCACCCUAAUAGAGAAGAGUUCUCAUUGUAUACUCAUUGUAUAAUCACACUAAUAGAGAACAGUUCUCAUUGUAUACUCAUUGUAUAAUCACACUAAUAGAGAACAGUUCUCAUUGUAUACUCAUUGUAUAAUCACACUAAUAGAGAACAGUUCUCAUUGUAUACUCAUUGUAUAAUCACACUAAUAGAGAACAGUUCUCAUUGUAUACUCAUUGUAUAAUCACACUAAUAGAGAACAGUUCUCAUUGUAUACUCAUUGUAUGAUCACACUAAUAGAGAACAGUUCUCAUUGUAUACUCAUUGUAUAAUCACACUAAUAGAGAACAGUUCUCAUUGUAUACUCAUUGUAUAAUCACACUAAUAGAGAACAGUUCUCAUUGUAUACUCAUUGUAUAAUCACACUAAUAGAGAAUAGUUCUCAUUGUAUACUCAUUGUAUGGUCACAUUAAUUGGAACCUAUAUAUUGGAACGUAAUUCUGAAA